CACCCAUCCGUGUGAUUAGCACAGAGAUCUUCACUGUAGAACACUGCAGCCCCUCACCCCCGUUUUCUUAUUCUGAACUGCUCCUGCCCCUCCCCUGACACACCGACCUCAGUAAGAUCCAUCCCCAAGUUGCCAUUAAGAAGAGCGCACAGCUGUGGUACACCGAAGACCACGCGCAACGGCAGAUCGUCAAUGAAUGAUAUUCGAUAUAGAUAGGUGGCAGUGUGUUUGGCGUUACCCGCACGCAGGAGAUACCUUUAUGAAGAAACAACAUAUCCAGUUUUAUCUUUCGACUAAUUCGAAGCGCACGUAAAAACUGAGCUAAAAUAAUGUUGACAAGCGCCUUGGCAAAGAUAACGUUCCUCCUGUCGUGGAGUUACUUAGUGCUGGCCACGCGGGUCGCUUUCUCCAACUUCUCCGUGGACAAUGAAGUGCGCUCCAGCUUUAUCCAGCGGCGACUGAGGGGCCAGGAGCGCAGAGAGAUGCAGCGGGAGAUCCUCUCCAUCCUGGGGCUGCCGCAGCGUCCGCGUCCGCACGUGCACACCAAACGCAAUGCCGCCCCAAUGUUCAUGCUGGACCUCUAUAACACUAUUAGUAUAGACCCAGAACAGUACAGGUAUUCAAACUACGAGACAGUUUUACCAACGCAGACCUCCCCACUGGUGACCCCACAGGACAGCCGAUUCCUAGAAGAAGCAGACACGGUGAUGAGCUUUGUCAACCUCAUUGAUCAGGAUCAGGAUCUUCUCCUCCAGCGCCAUGCUACAGAGUUUCGCUUUGACCUUUCACGUAUUCCAGAGGGAGAGGCCAUCACAACAGCAGAGUUCAGGAUUUACAAAGAUCUCAUCCAGGAGCACAGUGAGAACAAAACAUUCAGAGUGAGUCUCUACCAGGUGCUGCAGGAUCCUCCAAACAGUGACUUGGAGCUGUUCCUGCUGGACCGGCGAGAAGUUCUGGCUUCAGAAGAGGGAUGGUUGGUCUUUGACCUGACCACCACAAGUAACCUGUGGCUGGUCAACCCUGAGCAUAAUCUUGGCCUGCACUUGGUCCUUGAGGACAGUCAUGGUCAGAAGAGAAACCCCCAGUUAGCUGGAGUGGUAGUGGGCGGUGGGCCUCAGGACAAGCAGCCAUUCCUGGUUGUCUUCUUCAAAACCAAUGAGGUGCGACUCCGCAGCGUUCGUUCAGCCAAUGGCCAAAAGGGGCGCCAGUCAAGCCGCUCUAAACCCCAAAGGACUGUUCAAGAUGCACUGAGGGAAGUGGAAGCUGCAACAGCCAAUAUCGGCAUCUCUAAAGAAGGAUGUAAAAAGCACGAGCUGUACGUCAGCUUCAAGGAUUUGGGAUGGCAGGACUGGAUCAUAGCACCAGAGGGCUACGCAGCAUAUUACUGUGAGGGAGAAUGUGCUUUUCCUCUGAACUCCUACAUGAAUGCCACCAAUCACGCUAUUGUGCAAACUCUGGUGCACUUUAUCAACCCAGAGACGGUGCCCAAAGCCUGCUGUGCCCCCACACAGCUCCACGGCAUCUCUGUGCUCUAUUUUGAUGAAAGCUCCAAUGUCAUCCUCAAGAAGUACCGCAACAUGGUGGUCAGAGCUUGUGGCUGUCACUGACUACUCAUAUUCCCCUCUGUGACGCGUACAAAUCCAGAGAGAUGCUGAAGAAAGGCGGAAUCGAAGCGAUGAUUAACUGACUGGUCACCGGAGAGCUUUCGCCGCAGAGCUUUAUUCUGGGGGUCUGUUUUUUUUAUUUUUUAUAUGACCAGCAGCUGAGCCAGCUUUAACCACUACCACAGCCCAAAUAGAGCUACUGGUUACAGAAAGGGAUUUUAUGGAUUUUUUUUUUCCCUUUGUAACGGAUUUUAUUUUUUUAUAUACUUUUGUGUGAAACUAGAGAGACUGCACCGAAAGGACUUCGAGCAGUGUGCAGAAGUUUCAUAAGCUGAGAAGGAACCUGUAAAAAGUACUGGUAGUGGUGUGUGCUAUCAUACAUGCAACAAAUAUCUCUAUUUGAAUUCUUUUUGAAAUAAGAAUAAAGAGUUUUGUCUUUGUGUUAAUUUAAUUAAA